AUUAUAUAUAAUACAAUGUUAUAGUGCUGUAUACAGUAUAACGUGUUAUCCGUGCGGCUCGACAGGCCUGGGCCUCAGUGAGCUGCAGUUCUCGAAGCCACCGACAGGUGGUGUGUGUGCGCCGCAAUCGCAACAACGAAAAUAGUAAGUGUAUCUUGCUAUGUUAGCCACCAAGGGGCUUGUUAACGUUAGCUAGCAAAUAAACACACCAUUUCCCAUGAUUGGGGAAUGACGGGUCCUGCAGAAAAUUAACGAAAGCACCCCGAUUGUCCAGCCCGCAACGCCUGGAUAAUCUGGUUUCAGGCCGCUUUUGAUUUAAAACAAGGACUGAAGUCGGGCCCCGGUUCUGCCCAGGACGCCCCGCUCGCGUUGACAGCGCCGUUCGGAGUCACAGUGCGCGUAACUCCCGACACGGAGCAUCUACCACUAUAACAGUCCGGGUGCACCUAGGGAGACCCCAUCGUACUUUGGGUCCACUGAAGCAGAAGGACACAUACUCCAGCAGAUUCAGAAAAUGUUAAAGCAAUGAUAGCAGCGCAGGAUUUACACACUGAGUUUCAGUUUCCACAAGAGCCAGAAUCUCAGUUGUCUUCAGAUACUGACCUUGAGGAACCUGAUGGCAAAAAUGCAAGGACAGGAAGAGGCAUGGCAGCCAAGAAAGGCAAGAAGGCGACUGGAGACAAGGGCAAAGGUGGGGGAGCAGGGAGGGUCUCUGGUGUGGGCUGGAUAAAUGGCCAUCAUAAGGAGAAUGGGAUGGAAAACAUGACCCUGUUCGAGGUGGUCAAAAUGGGGAAGAGUGCUACACAGUCUGUUGUUGAUGACUGGAUCGAAGCAUACAAACAUGACAGGGAUGUUGCUCUCUUGGACCUAAUCAAUUUCUUCAUUCAGUGCUGUGGCUGUAAAGGCGCUGUGAGUGGGGAAAUGUUCAGACAUAUGCAAAACUCAGAGAUCAUACGAAAAAUGACAGAAGAGUUUGAUGAGGACAGCGGUGACUAUCCGUUAACUCUGUCAGGACCACAGUGGAAGAAAUUCAGGAUAAGUUUCUGUGACUUCAUUGCAGUUCUGGUGCGUCAGUGUCAGUACAGCAUCAUAUAUGACGAGUACAUGAUGGACACGGUCAUCUCGCUGCUCACCGGCCUCUCUGACUCGCAGGUCAGGGCCUUCAGACAUACAAGCACACUGGCAGCCAUGAAGUUGAUGACAGCUCUGGUCAAUGUUGCUCUGAACCUGAGCAUAAAUAUGGACAACACACAGAGACAGUAUGAAGCAGAGAGAAACAAAGUCGUCGCAAAAAGAGCCAAUGACAGAUUGGAGCUUCUGUUACAGAAGCGUAAAGAGCUUCAAGAAAAUCAAGAUGAAAUUGAAAACAUGAUGAAUGCAAUUUUCAAAGGCGUGUUUAUUCACAGAUAUCGUGAUGCCAUUGCUGAAAUCCGAGCAAUUUGUAUUGAGGAGAUCGGAGUGUGGAUGAAACUGUACAGUGACGCCUUCCUCAACGACAGUUACCUGAAGUAUGUAGGCUGGACAAUGCAUGACAAGCAAGGUGAGGUGCGACUGAAGUGCCUGACUGCCCUGCAGAGCCUGUACUUCAACAGGGAACUCGGUGCGCGGCUGGAGCUCUUCACAAGUCGCUUCAAGGACCGCAUUGUGUCUAUGACUCUGGAUAAAGAAUAUGACGUUGCAGUGCAAGCCAUUAAACUUCUGACUCUUGUGUUACAGAGUAGCGAUGAGGUUCUGACAGCAGAGGACUGUGAGAGUGUGUAUCAUCUGGUUUACUCAGCUCAUCGACCCAUUGCUGUGGCAGCAGGAGAAUUUCUGUUUAAGAAGCUCUUCAGCCAUCGUGGUCCUGAGGAAGAAGGUUUACCCAGGAGAGGUCGACAGAGCCUCAACGGCAGCCUUAUCAAGACUACAGUCUUCUUCUUCUUGGAGAGCGAACUCCACGAACACGGGGCAUAUUUGGUGGAUAGCUUGUGGGAGUGUGGAUCAGAGCUGCUGAAAGAUUGGGAGACCAUGAUCAGCCUGCUGCUGGACGAGCCCAUGUCAGGAGAGGAGGCCCUGACUGAUCGCCAGGAGACUGCUCUAGUUGAAAUCAUGCUCUGUGCCCUUCGGCAGGCCUGUGAGUGCCACCCACCAGUGGGCCGGGGCACAGGGAAGAGGGUUCUGACUGCAAAGGAGAAGAAAACACAGCUGGAUGAUCGGACACGUAUUACAGAGAUGUUUGCAGUUGCACUGCCUCUACUACUGGCAAAGUACUGUGUUGAUAUUGAUAAGGUGACCAAUUUACUACAAAUACCAAAGUACUUUGAUCUCGACAUCUACACAACUGGCCGAUUAGAAAAGCAUUUAGAUGCCUUGUUGCGACAAAUCUGGGAGGUUGUGGAUAAGCACACGGACACUGAGGUCCUAGAGGCCUGCUCUACCACCUACCGCUACCUCUGCAACGAGGAGUUCACCAUCUUCAACCGCGUGGACAUCGCCCGCUCUCAGCUACUUGAUGAGCUGGUAGACAAGUUUUCUAGACUUGUCGAGGACUUUUUGCAAGAGGGUGAAGAACCAGAUGAAGAUGAUGCCUACCAGGUUCUGUCCACACUGAAGAAGAUAAGCGCUUUCCACAAUGCACAUGAUCUCUCUAAGUGGGACCUUUUUACCAGCAACUACAGGCUGCUCAACACAGGACUACAGAAUGGGGAUAUGCCUGAGCAGAUUGUGAUUUACACGAUGCAAUGCACUCAUUACAUCAUCCUGUGGCAUCUGGCAAAGGUUUCAGAGGGCAGCACUUUGAAGGGUGAUAUGGUGACAAUGAGGAAGCAGAUGAGAGCCUUUUGCCUAAUGUGUCAGCGUUACCUCAGCAGCAUAAACACUGCAGUCAAAGAACAGGCCUUCACCAUACUAUGUGAUUUGAUGUUGAUCUUCAGUCACCAAAUUAUGUCUUCAGGCCGGGAACAUCUUGAGCCACUGGUCUAUACACCAGACAUGUCUUUGCAGGCAGAGCUGCUCAAUUUCAUCCUGGAUCAUGUGUUCAUUGAUCAGGAUGAUGACAACAACAGCACAGACGGACAGCAAGAUGAUGAGGCCAGUAAAAUUGAGGCACUGCACAAAAGAAGAAAUCUUCUUGCUGCCUAUUGCAAAUUAAUCAUUUAUAAUGUUGUGGAAAUAAACACUGGAGCAGAUAUAUUUAAACAGUACAUGAGGUAUUACAAUGAUUAUGGCGAUAUCAUCAAGGAGACGAUGAGUAAAACAAGACAAAUCGACAAAAUACAAUGUGCAAAGACACUUGUGUUGAGCCUGCAGAAGUUAUUCAAUGAGAUGCUGUCUGAACUUGGCUUUAAUUUCGACCGGUCAUCGUCAGCUUUCUGUGGCAUAAAAGAACUUGCCCGACGUUUCUCAUUAACUUUUGGCUUGGAUCAAAUGAAGACCAGGGAGGCCAUUGCCAUGUUACAUAAGGAUGGAAUCGAGUUUGCUUUUAAGGAACGUAGCCCACAAGGAGAAGGGGGUCCACCGCUGAAUUUAGCUUUUUUGGAUAUAUUGAGUGAGUUUUCCAGCAAACUAAUUCGACAGGACAAGAGAACAGUUCAUAUGUACCUGGAGCGAUUCAUGACAUUUCAAAUGGCUCUUCAGCGAGAGGACUGCUGGCUGCCACUAAUCUCCUACAGGAACUCCCUGCAGGUUGGUGGGGAUGAUGACACGAUGUCUGUCAUCAGUGGGAUCAGCAGUCGAGGGUCCACUGUCAGGAGUAAGAAGUCCAAGUCAGCCACUGCUACCAAAAGGAAAUUGCCUGACGAAGAGAACAGCUGCAGCAGUAGUGAUGCAAUCUGGAUGAACCGCGAGCAAAACGCACAGACGCCAGUGAUGAUGCAUUCGCCCCACCUCACCUCCACCGUACAGCGAGAUCCAAAGAAGAUGAGACCAGAAGACAGCUACACGGGUGCAUACACCUUACCAACAGAGCAGCAUCAGCCUUUGACCCCUCAGCAGCAGCAACAGCAUCAUCAUCAAGCUGCCAUUGAUUACAACACCCAGGUUACUUGGAUGUUGACACAGAGGCAACAAGCUGAGGCCUGUCAGCAACAAGAGCGGGUUAGCAUGCAGUAUGCCAAGAUGAGAAACCAUAUGCAGCAAGCAAUUCGUCGAGGCUCAGGACUAAUGGAGGAUGAUGAGGAGCCAAUAGUGGAAGAUGUGAUGAUGUCAUCUGAGGACAUCAAUGAGGGCAUGGAUUUUGACACCAUGGACAUUGAUCUGCCGGCAUCAAAGAACCGCAGAGAGAGAACCGAGCUAAAGCCAGACUACUUUGAUCCAUCUUCAAUCAUGGAUGAUUCGGUUCUCAACGUUUCCAUGUUCUAGUACAAAUGGAAUGCGUCAAGGACAGUGUGUCAUCCUUGGACAACAUAAGAUGGAUAAAAAAUUAAAUUGGACUACUAAGGAUGGCUUGUGAGACACCAAUGUUUGCCUCUUUACCCUUUGUUUAAAUUGAAAGGAAGAGCUUGAAUUUGAAUUUUAUCCUGUUAUUUUCACACACCUGACUUCUACCACUCUGCAAAAGAAGUCCUUUUGUUUUCGUUGUCCUAAAAAUCAAAGUGAUGUUAACUUUCACAGAGCUGGACCUGCUAUAGCCAGUGUGUGAAACUAGUUUGUUAAUCAAGUGCCAGUACAGAUGUGGCAGUUGCAUGGUGGGAGGACAAUAAUAGACUGAAAUUCAAAUUAUGAGAUGCACCUUUAAUAGUUUUCAUUCUGUAGACAAAAAUUGUCUGAUGUAAAUAAAUGGCUGACAUACAGGAGGGAUGAGCACAAUUUCAUGAUCAGCCCUGCAAAGAUAAUAUUGGCUUAAUGAUGCUUUAAGGUUCAGUUGUUAUUUGUUGAACACUAACAACACAAAAAUGGUGUCAAUUAAAUUUGGAAAUUUUACAGCCAUAUUUUUACUGUUGAUCAUAGGGUCAAAGCUUCAUCGCUGGUACAAUCUGAGUAAGAACUGAACAUUAAAGCCUGAUAAAGGCAACAAUAAUUCCAGGGCUGUUGAAUUAGACUGCAUUACCUUGUAAAGGAGUCAGUGAUAUUGUGUUUACCUUUUGUAUUUGUGAACUGUAGAUUUUGGCAUGGCAUGUAGCCAUAUAUUAAAAACAUGUACACAGUAAAGUAUAAUGUGAACUGGCGUCUUCUACUGUUCAAAGGCCUUGGCACAAACGGUAUACGGUAUUCUCAGAUUUACUGUGUGAUGGUAUUUGAGACAAGUAUGUGAUAUGCUUUUAUACCUUUUAGAUAACUUUGAUUUAUAGAUAUUUUGUAAUGACAAUCAAAUGUAAAUUAAUGGUUUCUAAUCGUGUUAUUUCACAUAGCUGCUGAAAUAAUCAUUUUUAAUGAAAUUAUGUUUCUAUAGAAAUGGCCAGCUGUUCGUAUUUUCUUUUCUCUCUGUAACAAAUAAGUAAAAGUAAUACAUUGCACUAAUGUAGUAAUUUGACAAAUUAAUGUCUGCAUCUAAAAUAUGUUUUAAUAUUGGGAUCUUGUGGGAUCAGAUGUGUCAUACAUAAAUUCUGACUCAACCUUAAACAUGUAAUCUCUUAUAUACAGUAUCUUGACUCUUUCUCCUUUGUAUAGUAUCUAUAAUAUAAUAGUAAUAACACAAACAUACCACCAACCCAACCUUUUCUGUUUUAAAUGGAAGAAUUUGAAAUAUGGUUGAAAAGCAGUGUGUGUUUUUUCCCAGUUUGCAAGUGUGCAGAGGAUUUCUUCAAAAAGCCAAUUUAUUUCUUGUACCACUUUUGCAUAUAUACAAAAUAUAGACUUAUUCAAAAUGACAAAGUUUUAGAAUUCUUUAGUCAAACUAUUAUAAGACCAGACGUGUAUAUUAUGCAGUUAUAAAUGUGUAAUUUAUUGUGAAUCGGUGCAUUUAUAUUUUUCAUAUUUUCAGUUUGCUUGAAAUUUUUAGGGAAAGCUUAAAGAAUAGAAUGUGACUAUUGGUCGUUAGCCUACCACUUUGCAAGUACACCUGCAGUAAGUUGGCAGGUUGAGAUUUUCUGGAAAAGGUUUAUUGAUUUAGUGGGUAGAAGCAAAUCCCGAAGUUCCUCAACAUCUCCCUAUAAACUGGAUAAACACUUCACAUGGUCUUAGUCUUACUAAAUACUACUAGUCAUGUUAGGCAGAUAAGAAAAAUACAUCUUACAAUUGCCUGUAAAUCCACACUAACCGUUUCAUUUCUAAUCUUUUCUGUUUUGCAUUGAACUGCUGAAAAUGUGCAUACAUCUGUACGUUCACACAUAUUUAAAUAUUUGUGUAUGUUAAAUUUGUGUUUUUGAUAUUUACAAAGUGCCGAUUGCAUCCUUUAAGAUUUGUAUUUAUGUCUCAAGAUGUAACAGAAUAAACCCACUGCAACUAUGUCAUGA